CCUCAUGAUUGCUGAUCAGCAUGUAAAUGAGAGUGGAAUCCCAUAUAUACCUGGAAAACUGGCAUGCGACCCGCCAAUUAAUUAAUCCAAGAAAGUGAAAACGUGCAUUUCUGUUAGCCUAAUUUUAAUAAUGGCGACAGGUGAGAAAAGAGGAAAAAAAAAACGUAAUUUCUCAGAUACUGAGAUUGAAACACUUGUAGGGGAGGUGGAGGCUCGGAAAACUGUGUUAUUUGGUGGCCACAGCAGUGGGGUCACUAAUAAAAAGAAGCAGUGCGAGUGGCAAAGUAUUGCUUCUGCCGUCAAUUGUGUCAGUGGGACAGAACGGACAGUUGCAGAAUUAAAGAAAAAAUGGUCCGACCUGAAGGUGGAGGCAAAGAGAAAACUGUCCUCCCACCGCCAGAGCGUGGCUGCAACUGGUGGGGGCCCAUGUACAGCUGAUCUCACAUCAGUGGACAGCAAAAUCGCGGCUAUAAUUGGGGAGGUCAGCGUGUGUGGUAUUGUGUCGGAAAAGGAGGGAGACACUGACGUGACUGAAACCACAGAGGAGCAAGUCCUUCCGGAGUCUGAAGCUGUAAAUGAACAGGAGGUUCAGGGUGAGGGGUUCUCAGAUGCAGAUGCACAGCGUCCGGCUCAAAGCAGUGCCCCUUCUGCGUCUGGCACGUCCAAAAGUGGUCGGGUACUCACUGACGCAGUCCUGCAGUUACAGCGAGAGACAAUAAACGCUGUCAACGGGGUUGCAGAUGAGCUACGGCAGAUGAGAGAAGUGAUGCAAGAAAUUGCACAAUCAUUAAAAGAUGCAGUUAAAACAUGAA